CAGGCAGCGAUCGCGACAACUAGCAAUAGAGGCAAGGCUCCGCACAGGCGCCAACCCUCUCGAUCGCUGGCCACCCUUCUGGUCUUGCGCCUCCUGCACCCGGCACUAGGCACGAAGGAGAGCAGCAGGGCCACUCCAACCUUAACUUCCUUCUAGCCAUCCGCGCGAGCAGCGUCGGCGUGUCGCGGCUGGCAGGCGCCGUGGGCGGCAGGAGCGGGAGCAUGGUGUGGCAGAAAUUUGUUGACAACCUGUCGCGCGGCCUCGCUUUCUUCCCUCCAAACCCGCCCACCUACCAGCUGGCACAGCAUGGGGACGGAGACAGAGAAACAUACGUCCACCCGCUGCGCAGCCACCUCAAGAAGGUGCCCAAGGCGCAGGUGUACCAGCUGGGGGUGAAGAAAGAAACGAUAGUGGCGGCUUUCAUCCCCGGGGCCAGCGCCGUCUCUUCCAGUGGCGGCGCCGGCGGGAAGCAGGGCGUGCGCUGGACGCUGGUGCACAGCCACGGCAAUGCGGUUGACUUAGGAGAGAUGCUGCCGCUGUACGAGGAGCUGUCCCGCCUGCUGCGCUGCAACAUACUCAGCUACGACUACACGGGGUACGGCUGCAGUACCGGCACGCCCGCGGUAUCCCACACCCUGGACGACAUCUCCGCGGUGGCCGACCUCCUGCAGCGCCAGCUGGGCAAGCGGCUGGAGGACACCGUGCUGUACGGGCAGUCAGUCGGCUCUGGUCCCACCUGCUACCUCGCCUCGCACCUGCCCACCCUGGCCGGCACCGUGCUGCACGCGCCCUUCUGCUCAGGC